AUGGCCAAAAGUGGAGAGGCCCUGCCGCAGGGCAGCCCGGUGCUGGUCCAGGAUCCUCACCUCAUCAAGGUGACAGUGAAGACGCCCAAGGACAAGGAGGAUUUCUCAGUUACAGACACUUGCACCAUCCAGCAGCUGAAGGAAGAGAUAUCCCAGCGCUUUAAGGCCCACCCUGAUCAGCUGAUCCUAAUAUUUGCUGGCAAAAUCCUCAAGGACCCUGACUCACUGGCACAGUGUGGGGUCCGAGAUGGCCUCACUGUCCACCUGGUCAUCAAGAUGCAGCGCCGUACUGUGGGCACUGAGUGCCCAGCUGCUUCGGUCCCUAUCCCAGCCCCAAGCCUUGGAUCACUCCCUCAGCCAAGCUCCAUUUACCCAGCAGACAGGCUACCCACCUUUAGCUUAGGUGUCCUCACAGGCCUCAAUGGGCUAGGCCUGACCUCCGGUAGUUUCCCCGACCCGCCAAGCUCACUGAUGUGGCAGGAUAUGUCUGUGCCUGAGUUUGUGGCUCAGAUCAUUGAUGACUCCUUCAUCCAGGGUCUGCUGUCCAACACAGGCCUGGUGCGCCAGCUGGUUCUUGACAACCCCCAUAUGCAGCAGCUGAUCCAGCACAACCCUGAGAUUGGGCACAUUCUCAACAACCCUGAAAUCAUGCGGCAGACAAUGGAGUUUCUGUGCAAACCUGCCAUGAUGCAAGAGAUGAUACGUAGCCAGGACCGGGCACUCAGAAACCUGGAGAGCAUCCCUGGUGGCUACAAUGUGCUCCGUACCAUGUAUACAGAUAUCAUGCACCCAAUGCUUAAUGCAGUGCAGGAGCAGUUUGGUGGCAAUCCCUUUGCUACCACCACUACUGCUAAUGCUACCACCAGUAGCUGCCAACCUUCAAGGAUGGAGAACUGUGACCCUCUCCCCAAUCCCUGGGCUUCCACGUGUGCAGGCUCAGCUGGUAGGAGAGGCAGGAGGCCUGGGGACCAGGAUGUAUCCGAACUUAGAAACAGUGUUUGCAAUAUUCUAGGUAAUAUGAGGCUCUAUGACUAUCUCCAGCAAUUACAUGAGAGGCCCCUGUCCCUGAGAACCUAUCUGCAGGGGAUUGCAUCUACCCUCAGCCCAAGCCAAGAACCACCAUCACCACCAGGAAGCCAAGUUCCCCCAACUUCACCCUCAUCCCAGGAACUUGAGUCAGGCCGGCCUCUCCCCAGGGAGUCAGUAGCAAUCAAGGGGAAGCCCUCCUGCCCCGCAUUCUUGAGAUAUCCCACAGAGAGCAGUGCUAGAAAAGCUGGAAGCCGAGAUGGUGCAGGGAAUGGCUCCACUGCCCACAGCACCAACAUGCCUGAUCUUGUCUCCAGGCUGGAGUGUGCUGCCAACAAGGCCCCAUUUGUUCCUUCCCCACCUUCACCCACGGCAGUUACCGCUGGAACCCCUGAGCGUGUCUGGCUGCCGCCACCAGCUUACCCAAAAUCUCUGAGGCCAGCCAGAAUGAAUGAGGCCCCACAGUUGCAGGACGAAAUGCGCUGGCAGCUGCCACUGCUGCUGCACCUUCAGGCAGCCAUGUCAAACCCUCGUGCCAUGCAUGCCUUGCUGCAGAUUGAGCAGGGUCUGCAGAUCCUGGCUACUGAAGCCCCUCGCCUCCUCCUUUUGUUCAUGCCUUGCCUAGCAGGGCUGGGAAGUACAGCAGGAAGUACAGAGCCUCGAGAGGGUGCCCUUAUGCCUGCGGAUCCUCCCCUAGCCCCAGGUCCUGAAGUUCCCUCAGCACAAGGCUCUGUGGAGCUGGGCCUCCAUUCCAUGCCCUUCCUCCAGAUGUUGCAAGCCCUAGCUGGCGCCAAUCCCCUGCAGCUGCAGCCCGAGACUCACUUCCGGGUGCAGCUAGAGCAAUUGCGGGCCAUGGGCUUUCUGAAUCCUGAAGCCAAUCUGCAGGCCCUCAUUGCCACCGGAGGUGAUGUAGAUGCUGCUGUGAAGAAGCUGAGGCAGCUGUAG